AUGAAACUGUUCCUACUAAAUCCAAUAACUGUGCUAUUAUGGCUUGUUCACUAUAGUACAAGUAACAUACUUGAUGAUGUUAAAAAUGGCAAGGAAUUCGAAGAAAUCAAGUUCCAUAUUUUACCAGUAUCUGUUGAUAAGUACGCCAACAAGGAAGGCCUCAAGCGAGACGCCAAUUAUAUUCAUUACAGCAUCAAGAACCCUUGUGAAGAAGGGCCUUGCCCAAACUUCACUGUCUGUACAGUUCAGGGUAACACACAAAACUACAACUGUUUGUGCAAAAGAGGCUUUACAGGAGAAAAGUGCGAAAUCGAAAUCGAUUACUGCAAGUCCUCUCCUUGUCUGCACGGCGCGUCAUGUGUAACAGAUCUGGACCAUGACCGAUUCGUCUGUAUUUGUGUUGAUGGAUAUUUGGGAAACGUCUGCCAAAAAAGAUACCACAAAGACCGUAUGUCUGCAUAUGACGCCGCUAGGACAAUAUGUCAAGGACUCGGUUCCGACCUUCCAACAAUUAACUCGGCCGAAGAAAACGAGCUCGUUAGACUGUUGGUCCUCAAAGUCGGAUGGAUGUGGAUAGGACUCCACGAUCCUACAAAUAGUAAUAACGCUAAUAACUUUAAAUGGAUAAAUGGAAUUCCAGUUAAUUACACCAACUGGCAUGAAAACGUUAAUAACGAGGUUGGUGGCUGUGGCUAUAUGGAUGGAGACGGACUCUGGCAUAUCCAUAACUGUGCUUGGGGUAAUGGAGUUGGUUGUUUCCUUAAUUGGUGAGUUGCUGUUUGCCUGGCUUGAGGAUCCAUCAAUUCCAGUCCUUGUUUUUCUUUUUUUUUUCU